UGUCUUUUAUAAAGAAUAAAAAAUACAUGAGUAAUCCUCAUCCGCUCUGGGUAACAUGCAUAUAUCCGCUUUUGAAAUAUAAAACAAAUAUCGCAGAGGAUGAUUGUGGAAUCGAUCCCAGUUUUCGAAUCGGACAAUGAUUUUAGAAACAAGGAGGGGAGGAUGGAGGACUCCUUCUCUCAAGAUUCUACAGAAUUCAUCCCAAAUGAUAGCCACGACUUCAUGGUCAGUGAUACCUACUGUUUCAGUCAAGAUCUUGAAAUGGGCGUGGCUGAGUUCGGAAUAAGUGAACCGUCCGGGGAUGAGUUGCUAGGUCUUGAGAUGGGAUUAAGCGAGUUCAUUAUCAGUGACUAUCAGAUUUCAGAAGAAAUUGAUCCUGGAUCCUUUUCUGGUGCUUCCUUUGGAGAAAACCUCACUGCCACGGUCGGACAGAGCUUAAAAUUGAGUGGUGGUUUUAGUGAAGAGCUGCAUGAAGAUGUGCAAAUGCAGAGUGAGCUUAAUUUUGUUGGAACACAGGUUGAGGAGAGAAGGGACUGUGUUGAAGAGAAUAAAGGCUUUGGCCUGGACCUUCCUGACUGUUUGGAACCAGAGACGGAAAAUGAGACCGGAACAAGCGAAAACAAGACCUCUCUUCCAAAAAUGAUGGAGUUCGUAGAAUUCCUGGUGGACAUGGAAGGUAUUAAGGAUUUUAAAACAGCUUCAACUAUGACAGAUAUUAUCAUGGAAGAAAUUGUAGACAAUGCUUUAGCAGUGAGUGAUUCGUCCAACUCAGCAAGUAGUCCGUCCACAGGCGAAAGGUUACACUGCCCUGAUACGCCGUGUGGACAAGACUCGAACUAUUCUGCGAAAAACAGUUCCAUCAAAGCUGUUGUUUCCAAAGCCAAAGACCCUGGUCCUAAAUCAACAUUCCUCCCUCCCUGUCGUGUGUGCGGGGAUAACGCGUCUGGAUUUCACUAUGGAGCUAAUACAUGUGAAGCUUGCAAGGGUUUCUUCAGAAGAAGUAUUGUUAAGGUUCAGCAGAAUAAAGAGUCGUAUAAAUGCGCGGGAAAGGGAAGCGGUUGUAAUCUGGGGCCAGGAAAAAGAAAUCCAUGCGCGGCCUGUAGAUACGCAAGAUGUCUGGAAGUGGGAAUGUCUAUUAACGCAAUAAAAACCGGUAGAUACACGUACGAGAAGAGAACUAAGGACACUGUGGAGGUGAGGAAUAUGAAGGCGGUGGAGAGCCCCUCCCACCUAGAGACCUACAUCAGUGACUCGGAGGUGGACCAGAUCAUCCAGGCCCUGAAAGACGUCCUCCUAAAGAACUGUCCACAGGCCUACAAAAUCUUUGACAGGGAAACCAACCUACACAGGCAGUGGCAGAUCUAUAAUGACUACAAGGCCAAAGUGGAAAUUUUUGGUUCAAUGUCCGUGAUUCCAAAAGAUGUGUGGGACGAAUUUUACAAAGAAACUGGGAUAGACUUAGACAACAGACAAGAGCUGAUGAAGGAAAUGGCUUGUAGAAUGGAGUAUGGGCUCACAAUGAUGGUCGACUUUGUUCGCGCUAUUCCGGGAUUCGCCGAUCUAUCCGUGUCUGAUCAGACAGAACUUAUAAAAGCAUCUCAUUUUGAAUUUAUGUUCAUUGGUCAUUGUCACUGCUUUAACCCCCACCUGAAAGUUGUUACGGGGUUAAUCGAUGCACAGCUACAAGAUGUUUAUAAGCUAUUUGGGAUUGAUGAAUCAGUCACUAGUCAAUUCAAUCAGAUGGCUGCCACCUUACAAAAGAUUAAACUAGAUUGGGAGGAAAGUUUUUUGAUGCGUAGCAUCGCUGUUACUUCCUCAGAUCGUUGUCAGUUGGAGGAACCAAAAGCCGUAGAACGAAUUCAGUGGAAGCUGAUCAAUGCUUUUAGAGUGCUAGCAAAACGUAAGAACUUCAAGCCAGAGCAAAGGUUGUGGCACAUAAUGGACCGCCUUACUGCUCUCAGGACUAUGACAGAAAUAAGCAAGGAACUGGACAAACAAAAGUGUUCAUGGCCAGUCAUGAAAGACCACCCUCUGGUUUUGGAUAUUCUGCAGAGCUGAUAAAUAUUCUCACUUAUUUAAACCAAUUCUAAUGUGAUAAUAUCCUUAAAGCACCUCCUGUUUUAGCCAAAAAUGAAGGGCUCUUUAAUCCUCUAGGAUUCAUUGAUAUAAUUUUUGUGGCACCGAUUUUUGAAAUACUAUUGCAACUUUGACAAAAUUGAACCGAUGCCUAGAGCACAGAGCAAGUAGUUGUAAACUGCUUCAACUUGAUGAUGAUGAAUGAGAACACAGACUCCCAGUGUAUGAGUGUUCGUGUUUUUAUAUAAAGGAAGGAAAUGCAUCUUUCUUCUAAUGUGAUCUCAAACACAUGACAAACCAGUGAAUCAGUGAUAGUUAUUUUUGCAGCAAGUUUUAUGUCGAUGUUAUUGUCUCUGUUCAUCUAUACUUUGAUAUAUAGAUUCUCCAUGGAACAGUGUUAUAUGCAAACAACAUGUGUUUGUUUUGAAAACACUUGUCUAAUAAUCAUUGAGUUUAUUCGAAGAAUUAUAUUUUUGGAAUCUGA